GAUUGGACUUUGGCUCCCAGGAAGCCCAGUUUGACAAAAAUCCUGACCGAAAACAAGCAAUAAUUGUUCCCCCAGUUCUCCGGCCCCUUGCAGAUAAACGCCUUGCUGGACCUAUCGGCCAUACACUGCGGAGCCGUCUUAGCCAGAGCAGAUGUCUGCGGGCCAGAGGUUUGCCUUGGCUCUGUGCAUUAUAGAAAUUAGUGUCCUGACCGCUGGGCCCACUGCUAGUUAUGGCCCACAGAUAAUACGAGAGAACGAGAAGCCAUUUCCCAUCGACUGCAGAAUGAGCUCCUGGAGCGAAUGGUCAGAAUGUGACCCUUGCCUCAAACAAAUGUUCCGCUCAAGGAGCAUUGAGAUCUUUGGACAAUACAACGGGCGGAAGUGCGUAGACGCUGUGGGAGACCGACGACAGUGUGAGCCCACUGAGGCCUGUGCAGACAUGGAGGAGGACUGUGGCAAUUACUUUAAAUGCGGUACAGGCAGGUGCAUCAAAAGGGGGCUUCUGUGUAACGGUGACUAUGACUGCGGAGACUUUUCAGAUGAGGUUGAUUGUGAAGGUGAUCUCCGUUCCCCUUGCCGUGAGAGGAGCGUGGAAGAAUCUGAGCUGGCUCGGACAGCAGGCUAUGGCAUCAACGUCUUAGGGAUGGAUCCCCUAAGCACACCUUUUGACAAUGAGUACUACAAUGGACACUGUGACCGCGUUCGGGAUGGAAACACCUUGGUCUACUACCGCAGACCCUGGAACGUGGCUUAUCUGGCCUAUGAAGUAAGUCUCCUCAGAAGCAAACAUAUUGCUCAGCUUUAAGCUGAAAAGCCACUUCAAUAAAUGUAACACUAAAUAAUGUGAAAAGUUCAGUAGACUAAGAAUCUGAUGGGCAUAUAAAAUUGACUGAAAGAAGAGGAGGUGUAGCUUCGAUCUCUUUAGAAAACAUACAGUGGUCUACAGUCAACCCUCAGGGAUGGGCGCCUAGUAAUAGUUUUGGCAAAUACUUAGACUCCAUUAAAAGAAUCAUCUAAAAGCCUGAUAAAAUAAAAAUUAAAUUAAUGCUGAUUUAAGUCCUGGGUACACUGCUCAUGCUAUUUAAGCUCACUUUUUGCUAGCCUACAAAUCAAAACUCUUCUUGACAUUGGUUUUUUCCUCAGCAUUCCCCUAGGUAAGUCCUGCUUGACUAAUGUGAGUGGCUGUUUUCACUCACCUCAAACCCCUCUAGCUCUUGUUAAACCAUUUCUUAAAAUGAUUUUUGCUCUACCCAAUGCCUCUCCAAACUUAACCACCUUCCUGAAAGUCACCUAAAUUUCUCUAGAACCAUCCACAAACUGGAACCCUCUGUUUAAAGGACCAAUAUUUGUCACCAUUAGAGAGAUUUUUUUUGGUCUAAGCAAGAUAAAAAUAAAGAAUAAUAAUUCACUUAUUCUGAAUCAGGAG